CUUGACUAUCGUACUGUUGUCUGCUUCACCACAUCUCAGAUUGAAGAACAAUGGCAGAAUAUAAGGUUGGGGAUCUGUCCAAGUUGUUUGGAACUCAACAGAAAUCUGAGGCUAAUAUUUUCUCCAAAGCUCCAACUACAAACAACAAAAAGAAUAAGGAGACUGAAGAUGCUGUAAAAAAGACAAAGAAAUCUCAAGGAGAAAAUGUUAAGAAGGCCAUGAGUUUUGAAAAGGUGAAGGAAAAGAAAAUGGGAAAAGUGAAGAAAACGAAAACGGAAAAAGGGAAGAAAAUCGAAAAAGUGAAAACGCCCAAAAUUAAUAAAAAAAUGUUUGGGGCACAAUUACGAUUAAAGAAGAAGCAGAAAGAGGAGGGUGUUUCAGAUUCAACUGAUAUCCCGAAGCAAGUCAAGAAAAGGAAGACUACAGCUGAGAAAGAUGUCACUGAAUCUAAACCUAAGAAAAUAAAGAAACAGUCUAUGGAGGACUCUGUUAACAAACCAAAAAAGGGUAGAAAGAAGAAAAUAAUGGAGAAAGUAGCAAAAUCAGGCUCCGAUUUAGACAAUGAAAACGUUGGUGGUGAAAGAGACAUUGAUAAUGAUGUUGAUGAAUCUGAUGAAGGAUCAAUUGAUGGAGGAAAGGAAAACGAUGGAAACCAGACAGGGUUCUGUCCUGCUGGGAUUGUACACGAGUCCUUGGUUAAACACAGCAAGAAAAGGAAGCAAGAAAGUGUCUCCGGUUCAGAAGACGAGUCCUCAUCUCCGAGUAAGAAAUCAAAGACGGAGGAUGAGGAGAAGGAAAAACCAUCGCGUAAACGACGAGACAGGCUUGCUAAGCCGACAUUGGACAGAACAGUAUUUGUCGGAAAUCUGGCUCUUAAUACUUCUAAAAAGACUUUGGAGAAGGCAUUCAAAGACUGUGGUGAAAUAGAAUCCAUCCGCUACAGAUGUGUGCCUGUGAAUGACCCAUCCGUGCCUAAAAAGGUGAUUGCUAUUAAGAAAGAUUUCCACCCAGAGCGACACAACUGUGUUGGAUUUAUCUGCUUCAAGAACAACGAGGCUGCAGAGAAGGCUCUCGAAUUAAAUGGUCAUGAGCUGAAAGGUCUACAUAUUAGAGUGGACUGGGCUUCUAAAGACAAGGAGAAAGAUGUUAAGAAGUCUGUGUUUGUUGGGAAUCUACCAUUUGAUGUUGAAGAGGAGGCUGUUCGGAACCACUUUGAGGAUUGUGGGAAGAUCACCAAUGUGCGGCUGAUUAGGGAUAAGAAGACGUGCAUCGGGAAGGGCUUUGGAUAUGUCACUUUUGAGGACAAAGAUGGAGUAGGGUUUGCAAUGAAGUUGUCAGGCCAGAAGUUGAAGGGGAGAGAACUGCGUGUGAUGGCGUGCUCCAGCAGUGCUGGGCACGAGAAGAAACACAAACAAGUGAAAUUAGCACAAUCUCCUGGCUUAAAAGAAAAGAAGCAGAAGACUAAACAACAGUUGCCUAGCAAUCCUUCUAAAACUGCAUUCAAAGGUGAAGAGUCAAAGAAGGAAAAGACAAAAAAGAAAGACAAGAAGUCAUACUCCAAGAAAAUAAAGGUUCCAUUCAAAACGAUCACUAAAGAUGAUGGGUUGAAAGCAGACAUUCAGGCUCUGAUAGAUUCAGAGACAAAGAAAGGGGGAGAAAGCACAAAGGAACCCAAAGUGGAUAAGAUAGACAAGACAAUGAAAAUAAAGGAAAAGAAAAUUAAGACGGUUGAUACAGGAGAAAAAAAUAAGGUGGAAAAUGGAAAAAAGGCAUUCACAAAGGCACAAAGUAGUUCCAAUGGCAAAGCAGAUUUGGAGAAGUUUGGAAAGAAAGUGAAUGCAAUUAAACCAGGUACGAGUGAUGGAAAAGCAGAUAAAUUCGAAAAGAAGCAGACAUUUGACAAAAAAGGUUUUGGUAAACAAGAGAACAGGAAGUUUGGGAACAAAAUGAAUAAGAGUUUUGGAGGUUUUGAUAAAAGGGGAGGUAAACCAUUUGAAAACAAGGGAAGUAAACCACCAUUUGAAAGCAGGGGUGGUAAACCAUUUGAGAACAGGAGUGGCAAACAAUUUCCAAACAGGGAACAAAAAUCUUUUGAUAGACCAGGAAACUCAUCUUUUUCUCGGAGCGGAAAUAAAUCGUUUGACAGUAAUCCUGGAAGGAAGCCCUUCAAUUCAACGCCAAGGCCCGGGUUUUCAAGCAAACCCCUGAGUGGACUUGUCCAGGGAAGUGGGAAACACAUCAAGUUCGACUAAAUGGAAAGCAUUUUUUCGCAGUUGGUUUAUUUUUAAAGAAUUCAGUUUUCAUUUGUUUCCUUCAUUACUACUAUUUUGUAAAUUUUGUAAGAAUGGUCAGUAUUGUCUUCAUAAAAAACAAUUGCUCAUGCUAAAACUCAUUUGUUUUCAUUUUCAUGAUAUUGGUAUGAAUGAUAUACAAUUUCAUACAUCCCAUAUUUCUGUAGACCUUUAUGCUCCUGAGAGGAUUUUAUUCAGAUGGAUUUUAAAAUAAGCGGAAUGGAUUUUUUUUUAAAAAAGACACCUUAAAAACACUGCUUUGAAUAUAUAUAGAUAAGUAUUGAAUAGCAGUCUAGUCGUUUUUAUUAUACCCCCCAAAACAAAGUUUGGGGGGGUAUACUGGAAUCGGGUUGUCCGUCUGUCUGUCUGUCUGUCUGUCCGUCUGUCCGUCCGUUUUUUUUUGUCCGGGAUUCAUCUUUGUCGUUAUUGAACAAAUCUUUUUCAAACUUUCAGAUAUUAAUGGCCAUGAUGUAAACUUGCGCCUCUGUGAAAUUGGUACAGGUCACAUGACCCUGACCAGAGUUAUCUCCCCUUGAUGUGUUAAAGUAGGCAAAAUAAGCCCUGUCCGGGAUUCAUCUUUGUUAUUAUUCAACAAAUCUUUUUCAAACUUUCAGAAAUUAAUGGCCAUGAUGUAAACUUGCGCCUCUGUGAAAUUGGUACAGGUCACAUGACCCUGACUGGAGUUAUCUCCCCUUGAUGUGUUAAAGUAGGCAAAAUAAGCCCUGUCCGGGAUUCAUCUUUGUUAUUAUUCAACAAAUCUUUUUCAAACUUUCAGAAAUUAAUGGCCAUGAUGUAAACUUGCGCCUCUGUGAAAUUGGUACAGGUCACAUGACCCUGACUGGAGUUAUCUCCCCUUGAUGUGUUAAAGUAGGCAAAAUAAGCCCUGUCCGGGAUUCAUCUUUGUUAUUAUUCAACAAAUCUUUAUCAAACUUUCAGAAAUUAAUGGCCAUGUUGUAAACUUUCGCCUCUGUGAAUUUGGUGCAGGUCACAUGACCCUGACUGGAGUUAUCUCCCCUUGUAGGCAAAAUUAGCUUUGUCCGGCCUAACUCCAGGGCAAACAACCUAGACAUGGAGGGGUGGGGGGUAUUCGUUAGCCUAUGGCUUACAGUUCUAGUUUCCUCUCCUCCCCCAUCCCACUGAAAAACUGUAGAAUCUUUCGAAAUUUCAGGGAUAUUAUUUUUUCGCAUGUUAGCAGUUUCAUUGUAUAUUGUUUUGGCAUUCUUCAUUGAACAUGUAUAUGAUUUGGAGAGCAAUCGCUUUACAGAUUUCAUGUAAUUGUUUAAUGAUGAAAUAUUAUAUUUUAUGAAUGAAUAAUUAAUACAUUGUCAUUUUUGUUCGCUAAAUAUGUUACUUCCAACUAAUAAAUGGUUGAACUAUA